ACUAUGUUACCACAAAUCCGUUUGUGUCGUUUCGAAAAAAUAAUAUCUUUUGGACAAAUUAAUUAAUGCGCAUGUAAUUCUAAUUUAUAAUUAAAUAACUUAACAAAUAUCGAUUAUCGACGAUUUUUUAAUUUGUUUUGAAUUAUCUUUAUAUCGAAUGUGUAACAAGUUAAGAUUCUUGUAUAUUACCAUUAAAGAACGGUAGAUAAGAGGAAAUGGAAAGAAAGGCGUGCUGUGGUUGUGCUCAAUGUAUGGUGCGCGUCGCUUCUUUUUUCUUACAAGAAAACAAGUCAUUUACUAUUUGUCAAACAAUUUACGCGACAUUUUAGGCAGGUAGAACGAUCUAGGUACGAUUAUUGGUGAUAAUAGUUUAUUAGUAUUUCAAGAAGAAAUAAGUGAUCGUGCGCAGUUGAAUAUUCCAACCGCGCGCAAAUCUUGGAAAAGUAAUAAGAGCGUAAACACUUUUGAUCGAACGAACCAACGGACAAAGACGUUGUGCAGAAAAAGUGUGUAAUUUAUUGAUGAGUACAAACGAAAACUGUUAUUUCAAUAAAAACAGAAGUAUGGAAAAAGUGAACAUAUAGUUUUACGUAUGAAUUGACCGUAGUUGAAGUGCGCGCGCGUGUAAAUGUGCUACCAGUUCCGUACGGGUGACCGAACGCUAACCAUCGUUUCACGUACGUCGAAUUUUUCAGCAAAGUUUGCUUGGACAAGAAGUCUUUCGACAAACAUUACGGUUAACUACGUGCGUGUGAAAAUAACGUACCUAUGAGGACCUCAGCGAGCCACAUAAGGCAACAAGCUUUGAAGGUAGUGGAGAGUUUAAAGAAGGGAGGCCUACGCCUGCGAUGAGCAUGCCAACGAAAGGGAAACAUCACCACCUGCCCCAACAUCAUCAACAUCAUUCACAGCCACAUCAUAAUCCGCCACAACAUCAACCUCAACUCAUAGUGAACGUCAAUCAACCAAGUGUUCAUUCGUCUCAAACUUACAACACUGUGGUUACGACUAAUACACCGCGUUUUGUACCAAAUGCUGUAUUCGCGCCAUACGAGGCGUAUAUUCUUCAAGGAAGAGACCUCGUGUGUUACCUUCGCAUGUUGAGAACGAAAGUGGAUAGGAUCACCAGUAGGCAAUCACGCCGCUAAAGAUGUUCUCAAUCAUCAUUGUUUCUUACCAUCACUAGCAAUAACGGUCAUAAGAGAACUUAGACUAGGCGUUCAGCAGCACACAAGCCAAAAAUGUCUACGGUGAUAGGCGUGUAUCAUUGACACUGGAUAAGAAGAAAAAGGUACAUCAGGAAGAAUGGUUUCGAGAUAUGGCGUCUCAAAGGAGGGCGCAGUGGGUGUAGCCGUGGGUGUAGGACCUAUGCACUGUCUUUUACCACAUUGUGGAGGGCCCCACCACCAUCAUCACCUUUCGGCCCCUCAUCCACAAAAUCCUCAGCCAGGUCAUAAUCACCACGUGCAUCCGGUCCAUCAACCACCACCCUCGCCGAGUCCCCACUUGAAUCAUCAGCUGAGCCAUCAUCAAUUGACUGUUAACAUUAACCAUCUGAGUCAUCAGCAGCAACAACAGCAACAAACCCAGCAUCAACAAGCACCGCCACAGUAUCGAGUUGUUACUGCAAAUGCUAGAUCAGAUUUUCAUGUGUCUGGACAA